GAUCUCAAAAGAGCUGUUUGGUGACACUGACGUACCUCUACCCUAUCUGACCGGCAUGAGUCGAGUAACCCGUCGUCCUGUUUGAUGCUUCGCCAGUACGUAAUGUACCUGGACCAAGACCAACAACAUGUGCCAUCCCAUCUUGUUAAAAUAGAGGCGGGGCCCAUUGCAAACCGAUGCAGGUGGUAUCAGGCAUAUACUUGAUCUCCCACAAGUUCUCGAGACUUGAACCUCAAGAACUCACUCCUUCCUACAUCCUCCUCAGCAUCUCGGCGACCGUCAACGUAGACAGUCACCACACCACAUCAAGCCCAAAAUGCUACCAACUUCCCUCCUCUCCCUAUCCCUCACCCUCCUCACCCUCUUUACUCCCCCCUCCCUCGCAUCCGCCAUCCGCCAAGGCGCAGCAAACCCGCCCAAAAUCCCCAACGGCCCCAACGGAAGCGGAGAAAGCCAGCCUCAGCCCUACGCACCUCAGCCCGCCCUCCUCACCACCGAAUGGACCGCCUCCGUGGGCUCGAACCCGUCCAACCACUGGGCCCAGCACCCGCGCCCGCAGCUGAAGCGAGAGGAUAAGUGGUGGCAGAGCCUCAACGGAAUAUGGCGGUAUCGGAAUCUUCACUUUGCGUCGUCGGCGCGGAUGAAUGUGGAUAUUAGCACUCUUAUCCCGGAGAGAUAUGCAACAGGAGGAGGAGGGGAUGAAGCUGGUGCUGAAGAAGGGGGAGGACUGCCUCUAGAAGAGAAGGAAACGCUGAUCCCGUCGUGUAUCGAGAGCGGGUUCAGUGGUUUGGCGGAGACGAACGUGACGGGGAUGCUGUUCACGCGGACGCUGGAGUUUCCCGACAAUUGGAUCAACGAGACUGGGAGAAGGGUGUUGAUACACUUCGAAGCAGUCGAUUACGAGGCGAUGGUCUACGUGAAUGACAAUAAGCUGGGGCAUAAUGUGGGCGGGUAUUUCCGGUUUACGGUCGAUGCGACGAAUGCGUUGAAGAAGGGGGAGAAGAACGAGUUGCAGGUUGUGGUUCGGGAUCCGACUGAUGAGCCGGGCUUUUACACGCCGCAUGGGAAGCAGACGAGGACGCCGUCGCAUAUAUUUUACACGCCGUGUACGGGUAUUUGGCAGUCUGUUUGGAUGGAGAGUGUCCCGGAGGAUAACUAUGUUAGGGAUCUGGACGUUGCGGCUGAUAUGGAAGGGAAAGUGACCAUGACGGUGCACUCCGGCAGCAACAACACGACUGCGGUGAAGGUUUCUGUUCUUGAAGAUGGUACCGAAGUCGCAACCUACAAUGCCUCGUCGGACCAAGAGUUCUCCUUCCAAGUCCCCGACCCCAAGCUCUGGUCUCCCGACUCCCCGACGCUAUACAACAUCAGCGUGACAAUGGGCGACGACCAAAUCACGAGCUACACCGGUUUCAGGACGAUUUCGAAGGGAGCAGUAAACGGAAUUCAGCGCCCGCUCUUGAACGGCAAGUUCGUCUUCCAGUUCGGGCCCCUGGACCAAGGAUACUGGCCAGAUGGAAUCUACUUGCCUCCCACCGAGGACGCGAUGCUGUACGAUCUUGACUUGAUCAAAAGCCUGGGGAUGAACAUGGUUCGGAAACAUAUCAAAGUCGAGCCCCAGCUCUACUACCAUGCCUGCGACAAACUCGGCCUCCUCGUCAUCCAGGACAUGCCCUCCAUGCGCCCAGCAGCCAUCCAGGCGGCCGACUUUCCCAAUCCCACUCAACAAGCCGAAUUUGAGCGCCAGCUCAGCGUUAUGGUGAACCAGUUCAAGCACCACCCCAGUAUCGUGACUUGGGUGAUCUACAACGAGGGCUGGGGUCAAAUCCGCGACGACGGCAACUACCCCGAAUUCCAUAUCACUGACGCCAUCCGCGCGCUUGACCCGACAAGACUGAUCGAUUCGGUAACUGGCUGGUUCGACCACGGAGCUGGUGAUUUCCACGACAACCACCAUUAUGCCAGCCCUCAGUGCGGUACACCCUGGCAUAGCAGUCCCAAUACGCCUUAUGACCCCAACAGAAUCGGCUUCCAAGGUGAAUUCGGAGGAGUUGGACACGUUCCGGAUUCCAAAAACCUCUGGCCCGACCCCGCAGCAGUAGCAACUAUUCCCGAAACAUACGAGCUCAGUGCCGACCUAGAUGCGUACAACUACCGCACCCACGUGCUGCUUGGCGAGUUGCGCGACCAGGUGGAACGAUAUGCGUGCAGCGGCGCUGUGUAUACACAGACGACGGAUGUGGAAGGCGAGGUGAACGGCUUGGUAACGUAUGACCGUCGCGUGGUGAGGGUUAAUGUUACGCAGUGGAAGAGUGAUAUACAAGCUUUGUACGACACUGCCGAAAAGAGGGCACCAUGAAGCCGGGUUAAAGCAUACGAACCGGACGCAUUUGACAGUUGACCGUCUCUGAGGAGAUUGCAUAGAGUUAUAUAAUGAUCAACAUGGAAUAGUA